UCUCUCUCUCUCUCUCUGCAGUGACAGCGGAUUUUCCAGGGACCCCCCCAUCUGGUACCCCCAGGGCAUUUGCUGGACCAUAAGGAGGCCUCGUGGCUCUGAUCACACAGACCCCGGGCACAUCGUCCUGGAGAGGUCCCCCUGACCUGGAUGGACCGAGAGGGAAUUUGGGCCAGCGCUGGCCGGAUCCGAGCCCUGACCGGUCGCUAGAGGGUCAGACACCCCUUCGGGGAGGCCGGAGAUGCCCCGAAGGGAAGCCCUGAGAUGAGGAGAAGGAUGCGGCCGGACCCCUGAAAGAGAUGGGGAGGAAGCUCAGGUAGAGUUUUCUCCUUCUGAUGCUCAGGCAGCAAUGAGCAGGGCUUGGCUGAGCGAGCCUUCCAGCCAUUCCUUUCAAGUGAGAGCCGUCCCCGGGUCCCUCUACAUCCUUUCGCCGAGGAAAAGAAAAGGCGAGCCGGCCUCUUCGGUUCGAGACAGACAUCAGAGGCCACCUGCUCCCUCGGACUAAAAGCCGGCGUGGGAAGCCGCGCCAGGAACGAUCGGCUUUCAAGCGGCCUUUGUAUCCCACCGGAUUCUCAAACAUGAUCCUUCCAUGGACAGCAUCUCUUGGGGGGAAUCCUUUGGAGGGCAGAGGAGGGAUGUGGCGCCGAACGAGAAUGAUGGUUUGAGAAAGGAAGCGUCGCCUUAGAGCCGGUCUACUCCCUGGGGGGGAAAAACACACACACACAUCCUCUUUUUGAAGUUGACUUCUUUGGGGCCCUCUGUGGGGUGGUGGGACCCUUUUGCACCCCAUCGGAGACACCCCAUGGAAUAUUGGAUCCACAAAGGCAGAGACCAGAGCCGUCGGCAAUGAAGGAUCGCUCGGCUACCAGGUGGUCUUGAGGACCCAACGUUGUUCCUUGAACCGCCCUGGGAACGUGGGGUCGAAUCUGUGACCUGCUGUAUGUUCUGCGUCCUGGAUUCGGGCCCCAAUCCAGGGACGUAAUGACGCCAGCAUGGCCAAGCUCCUGCUGAAGUUCCAAAGAUAUUUCCGGCGGAGGCCCCUUCGGUUCUUCACCUUGAUCGCCCUCUACCUGGCGGCCGGGAGCCUGGUCUUCCUCCACGCCAGCUUCGGGGGAGGUGCCCGGGUGGCGGAGAAUGAUGCCCGUGCCGGGGAGGCUGCUCCCGGAGCUGGAACUGAUGCCCAGUCUUUGGGGACGGUGGCGCUGGGCAGAGAGGCGAAAGAAAGGCCGGAGUCCUUGACGACCGCCCGGAGGUAUGGAUCCUGGUUUAAGACCCCUUCCAAAGAUGCCCCGGGGAGGACCAAAAUAGGAGAUUAUGGAGGGACCUGGAGCAGGGCCCUGAAGGGGAGGAACAUCCGUGAGAAGGAGGAAGACCGAGCAAAAUACAUCGGCUGUUACGUCGACAACACCCGCCGCCGGGCCCUGCGUGGAGUGUCCUUUUUCGACUAUAAAAAAAUGACUUUGUUUCGUUGCCAGGACAACUGUGCCGAACGGGGCUACCUCUACGCGGGGCUGGAGUUUGGAGCGGAGUGUUACUGCGGCCACAAAAUCCAGGGCGCCAACGUCAGUGAUUCCGAGUGCAACAUGGAGUGUAAGGGAGAGAAAAGCAACAUCUGUGGGGGAGUGAACCGGCUCUCCAUCUACCGCCUGGAGCUGGCCCAGGAAUCUGCUCGGAGGUAUGGCAGCGCCAUUUUCCGCGGAUGCUUUCGCCGGCCGGAGAACAUCUCCUUGGCUUUACCUGCCAGCAAACCGAUGAAGAACAUGUCCGUGGACCGAUGCGUGGAUUUCUGCACUGCGAAGGAAUACCCACUGGCCGCCCUGGCUGGGAACUCCUGCCACUGCGGUUUCCCCACCACCCUCUUCGCCUUGCGGGACCGGGAAGAUGAACAGCUCUGCGCCCAGAAAUGCAGCGGCGAGGAGUUCGAAAGCUGCGGCACUUCUAAAUAUUUCAUCGUCUACCAGACUCAAGUGCAAGACAACCGGUGUAUGGACCGAAGAUUUUUAACAGCUCGGGCAAAGCAGUUUGUUGCCCUCGCCAGCUUUCCUGGGGCCGGGAACACUUGGGCGCGACACCUCAUCGAACUCGCCACGGGCUUCUACACUGGCAGCUACUACUUCGACGGCUCUCUUUAUAACAAAGGGUUUAAAGGCGAACGAGACCACUGGCGAAGCGGGAGGACGAUUUGCAUCAAGACCCACGAGAGUGGGCAGAAGGAAAUCGAGGCCUUCGACGCGGCCAUCUUGCUGAUCCGCAACCCGUACAAAGCACUCAUGGCCGAAUUCAACCGGAAAUAUGGCGGCCACCUUGGGUUCGCGUCCCAUGCCCACUGGAGGGGAAAAGAGUGGCCCGAAUUUGUCAAGAACUAUGCCCCGUGGUGGGCAACCCACACCCUGGACUGGCUGAAGUUUGGCAAGCGUGUCCUGGUGGUCCACUUCGAAGACCUCAAGCGGGAUCUCUUCGUCCAGCUCAAGAGGAUGGUCAGCCUCCUGGGCACCCCUGUCCAGGAGGACCGCCUCCUGUGCGUCGAGGGCCAGAAGGACGGGAACUUCAAACGCUCCGGCCUGCGGAAGCUGGAGUACGACCCCUACACGCCCGAAAUGAGGAGGACGAUCGACGGCUACAUCCGGACGGUGGACGCGGCGCUGAAACUCCGCAACCUGACAGGAGUCCCAGAGGACUAUUCUCCGAGAUGAUGGUCGUGUGCCUCGGAGACCGCUUUUUGGUCAGGAGGGACCCGAUCCGAGAAGCGGCCCCUGUGCUUCCUCCUCCUCGUCGGGCCGGUAACCGUUUCCACCCAGUGGGUGCUGGCAGUCCGUUCAGGCCUCAUCCUGCUGCUCGCCCUUGCAUGAGUGGCGAUGUUUCACUAACCGCCCUUGUGGCCAAGAGGAUUCUUGACAAAUCCACUCUCGUCUGUCUGGUUUUUAAGGGGAGCGGCUGUUGACCCCAGAAAGACAACGCUCAAACCUCUGCUUCCGGCUUUUCACCAGAAUGUGGCUGCCUCCUCGUUCCCGGGGGGGAGGGCGGCGGUAGGAUCAUCUCCGAUCCUUGACGGCCUUUCCUUGGGGCUCGGCGACACCCUGUCCUCUCUUCGGGCCGCGGGCCUUUCCUUUUAUUGACAUCCAGAUCUUCCAAGAAGGCCCGGUUGUCCCUUGCGAGGGUCGUACUGCUGGGUCGCUCCGUGGUUUAGGCAGAGGUUGGGAGUUUGAAUCCCUCCCGGGCCUCGUUGACAGGGACUGAUCCGUGGGGUCCCUUCCUGCUCUGCCGUUCUAAGAUUAUUCAUCUUCUUAUAGAGACCGCUUCGGUUUUCUGCAUUCAACGUCCGGACCCUUGGAGCUGGUUCACACAUAAUAACGCUUGGUUCCCAUCAGCUGGCCUAGCCGGGACGCGCAAUGAGGUGGUAGAAUCCUGACCGGUUUGCGGCCCCAGAAGCUCAGUUUGGGCAAGUUCUCCCUUUGGAUUAAAGCACCAGGAUCCAGACCUUCGCCAAGUUCUGUUCAGAGAACAGCUGGCGGUGGCCAUCUCUCAUUCCACCUUGUUCAAGUCCACUAAGAACAAUAAUUUAGAAAGAGCCCGGUCAGGGGUUAAAAUCUCUAGCCCUCUCCUCUCUCUCUGUGGUCCAGCUGCUUUUAUAGUUGCCCCAAAUAUUUGUCUUCUGCUGGGUGAGAUUCCUGAUACUCCCACCCCAAGUAUUCUUGGCACUGAGUGGCAGUGAUGGCAGGAUUCGUCCCAGGCUGGAGAAGCUACGUAGAGCUUGAAUCUGGGGAUUUCUGCAUGGUGCAUGGGGGGGGUGCUCAACGGUUGACUUCCCGAUUCGCUCCAGGCGAAUAAGUCACGCAUCCUACUCUACCGUCUCUGCACGUGAUCUCUUUCCCACCUCGCUUGGCGUGUGCGUGUCGGCCAGACCCUCCCGCCUCUCGGGGCAUAUUGUAUGGGGGAACGCCACCAUCGCUGUGCAUGCGUUGAGCUCUGAGACACCCAGGGGUGGGUUCAUGUAUGCACACAGAGAUGGAGACCACCACCAGCCUUCUAAGAUCCUGGAAGGGGUUUUUUUCACCCUUCAAGCUUUCCAUGCGCCGAGGCCCACUUUGCCCACACCAGCAGAAACCACCCUGUUUCCUCGCUCAUCCGGUCGUCUUUGGAUCUGAGCACCGGGAACGAGAGGAGGAAGAAGAGGAACAGCUUGGAGAUGGGACAGGACUGCUAGACUCAAACCCAGAAAACCCCCUGGUCAAAUCUGAGGUGCGGAUGACAGGGAAAAGGCCAUCACCAGCUCCCGGGGGAAGAGUUGAAUGGCAGGAGGAAGGCCAGGGAAGGGGGAGUGAAUUUCCCACCAUGCACUUGGAAUUCCCAAGUCUAGACAUCAGAUGGAGAAGGUCCCCCCCCCAAAA